GGGCGGGGCGGACGGCGGGACGCGAGCCACGGGCGCGUCGGUGCCCAGACGGCGGCGGCGGUGGCCCCUAGCUCGGCCUGGCGUCUGUCCUCGCGGCGACCCCGCGCCCCGGCCUCCUGGCCCCGGGCCGGCCAUGCCGCCGCCCGCGCCGCCCACCGUGCUGGUGCCGUCGGAGCGCGCAGUGGUGCUGCUGUCGUGCGCGCUCUCCGCGCUUGGCUCGGGCCUGCUGGUGGCCACGCACGCCCUGUGGCCCGACCUGCGCAGCCGGGCGCGGCGCCUGCUGCUCUUCCUGUCGCUGGCGGACCUGCUCUCGGCUGCCUCCUACUUCUACGGGGUGCUGCAGGACUUCGCGGGCCCCUCGUGGGACUGCGUGCUGCAGGGCGCGCUCUCCACCUUCGCCAACACCAGCUCCUUCUUCUGGACCGUGGCCAUCGCCCUCUACCUGUACCUCAGCAUCGUCCGCGCCGCGCGCGGGCCCCGCACCGACCGCCUGUUCUGGAUCUUCCACGUCGUCAGCUGGGGGGUUCCACUGGCCAUCACCGUGGCAGCUGUCGCUCUAAAGAAGAUCGGCUAUGACGCCUCGGACGUGUCUGUGGGCUGGUGCUGGAUCGACCUGGGGGCCGAGGACCGCGUCCUGUGGAUGCUGCUGACGGGGAAGCUGUGGGAGAUGCUGGCGUACGUCACCCUGCCGCUGCUGUACCUCCUGGUCAGGAAGCACAUCAACAGAGCGCACGAGGCGCUCUUGGAGUACCGGCCCAUCCUCUCGGAGGCGCACCGCCUGCCGCACCACUCCUCGGCGGCCGAUAAGAAGCUGGUCCUCAUCCCGCUCAUCUUCAUCUGCCUCCGAGUCUGGAGCACCGUGCGUUUCGUGCUGACCCUCUGCGGCUCCCCAGCGGUGCGGGCACCGGUGCUGGUCGUUCUGCAUGGUAUCGGGAACACGUUUCAGGGCGGUGCCAACUGCAUCAUGUUUGUCCUCUGCACCCGCGCCGUCCGGACCCGGCUCUUCUCCCUCUGCUGCUGCUGCUGCCGCUCUUCUCAGCCUCCCGCCGACAGCCCGGCUGGCCCUUGCGAGGCUCCUGCACCCUCCAAGAUGGGAGAAUCUCAGGAAUCCAGACGGACCCCAGAGGGACUUCCAAGCACCUGAGCCCUUCCUAGUACCGUGCACAGGUGCUGCCCUCCUGCGGACAGGUGGCUUCUGUGAGUCCCUCGCGCAGGGAGUGGGAGCGGGGUCUGCUGCCCUGGAAGCCCCUGCUAGUGAAGCUCUUCACCCCCGUGGCGGAGCAGCUGCCAACUCAGCUUCUUCUACCUCCUGGACCCUCCAG